UCUCGAGAAAAUAGCGAGCGAAAAUUCAAAAUCCGAGGAGAAUCCACAAUCCAACAAUGGAGUUGCUCAAGCUCUCAAAAUUCAAAUGGCAACUUCAGUCGAUGAUCGGGGAAGUUCGAGAUCUACGUGAAAGGGAGCGAUCAGUCACAGAUCACAUCAAUCUUCUCAGUCAGAAACAGAAGCAAACGGAGGAGGAAUACAUCAGGAAAGUGCAUGAGCUAGAAUCUGAGUUAGCUUCUUCUAGAGAAACACAGGAGGCACUCGAGAGGAAGGUGAGUUACCUUCAGAACGACUAUAGUUUGCUGGAAAACAAGCAGAACGAGUUGAAGAAUACUAUUCAAAACCUGCUUCAGUCACGAGAGAGUUUCUUAAAUGCUUACCAGGAGUCGUUUAGUGAAAUGAAAUGUUCAGUUGACGCCAGGGAUAGGAAGAUUGUCAUCCUUCACCAGAAGAUAACAUCUCACUUAGCAUUGUUUGAUUCAAUUGAGAAAGAGGCGUCUGCAAUCAAAAACGUUAUUCACGAAGUUCAGGGCCUUGUGGAUCAAAAAGAAGAUGUAGUGGCUGGCUUGAAAGAGAAAUUGGAUAAGGUCUCUACAUAUGAGAAAGUAUUCAUUGAGAGAAUCAGCACUUUAGAAGAGAAGAUUGAAUAUCAAGAAACAGAAUUGCAGAGCAAGGAGAAUAGAAUAUCAGAGCUUAGCGCUAAGCUGGAAGAAGCAAAGAUGAAAAAUGAAUAUCAACUUCAAAUUGAAGAGUUUCAGAAAACUUUGAGGGUCAAAGAUUUAGUUGUGGAGAACUUGAUUUCUGAAAAGGAGGCAUUGCAUUCUGAAGUGAGGAGUCUAGAGAUGAUCUUACUGCGGAUUCAAGAAUCUGUCACGCAUAUGACCGACGAGGACAGAAGGGUGUUCACAUCAAUACUGACAUUUGAACAAGGUGCGGAUGAAACAAACAAACAUUCCAGGUACAAUGAUACAGUUGAGAAAACGGAGGAACUUGCAUGUGAAGCUCCUGUUAUGGGUUCCCAAGAAAAUUCAGUAAACGUUAUUUCAUCAGCGUCUCCUCCAUUGUGUCAUCACCAAAACACAAGCUGCAGUUUGGUACAGGACGCUGAUAACACUGUCGGUGGUCAUUGGCAGAAUACUAAUAACAACGAGCACUUUGACACCAAGGACAAAUGCAAAGAGUUAAUGAAUCAGCCUGAUUCAGAGUGCUCAACUAAUCGUGUAUCAUAAUCACGAUUUGUGAUUGUUAUCACUUAUAGUUAUACUCUUGUACACGACUAGUUAGGACUCGGGUCAUAAAAACGACAAGAACAUGGGAUUUCUACUCUCACACGCAAUGAACUAAACGUAGAGAAAAGGUACUUUUUCUUUACAUUUUCAUAAAGAUUGGAAAUUGAAUAUUAUGGGUCUCUCAAUUUCGUUUUAAAUAAACUCUUCCUUCUCCAUAAGAUCCAUUUUCUAGAUGAAGAUAUCUAACCGGAGAUUGUAAUCCAAUGGUUUAAACCAGCAUUGUCCGC